UCUCAACUGCGCGUGUGUGGACAUACAUACAUAAAGUCAUACUAUACAUGCUAGGGCAUGCGUGUAUAAGCCUUGCUUAACUAAAUGAAUUUUGGGGUUCAAUCCCUGAGGCCAUUAUGUGCCUCGGUAACCCCCCUUCCACUACUGCCCACAGCACAGGUUAGGCAUUGCACAUUGUAAUUGGCCAUGAAGUUCAUAGUGGAGCAUAUCAGCAAAGGAGGUGGCCGUAUUGGGAGGCUGACGGGUCUCCGCAGUCAGCCCAGUGUUGUCCACGAGACUCCCCUCACACUCAUAUCCACAGUCGGUGGCAGUGCACCUCAUCUUACCCAGGACGUACUUCACCUCCUGGUGGAUAAAGAUGCACCCCUCUGUGUGCCCGCCCAACAUUUUUGUGACCAUGCUAAAGUUCUUCAGAGCUAUAAGAAAGGGGUUGCUCACUUUUCUGCACUUCAGGGUCACAGUGUGUGCGUAACUGUUCAAGAUGCCGGCAAAGCAACACCUAGUGGCUAUAACGACAAAAAGGGUGUCUCUCUCUGGACGUAUGGUGGUAGACGAAUCAUCACGACAGACGAGUACAUGGAGCUGGUAGAGGCAAUGCAGCCAGACUGGUAUGAGGCCCUCAGUGAUGCUGACACAGACAUGAAGUCAUCUAAGAAGAGAAUAUCAAAGUCAUCCACAAAAACCUUGGUGUUCCUCAAUCAGUGCAUAGCUCGACACAAGGCCUCCCAAAAACUAAAGGAAUCAGCAUUAUUUGUGCCCCUCCUUGGAGGCCACAGUGAAGACGAGAGAACUGGCUGGUCUAAAUCCCUAGUCAGUGGCAGCGUGGACGGGUCCACUGUUUCAGGUUAUACAAUGCUUGGCCUUCAUACCAACGGGCCAAAAGUGGAGAAGCUUGAACCCACGACCAUUCACAAUCUCGUUAAGGCGUCUCUGGAUCCCUUGCCUCAUGAUCGUCCACGACAAGCAGCAGGGAUGUGGAACCCGCUCACUGUCCUCAAGUUGGCCGAACUUGGAGUGGACAUCUUUGACUCUACGUUCCCAUUCCUUGUGACUGAAAGAAGAGGAGCUCUUACAUUCCCAUUUAGAUUAAAUAGAAUGCGAACACAUGCGGAGGUCUCUAAAAGAGAUAAUUUAGAACAUCAAAACAAAAAACUGAAAGUAUCUGGAGACGGCCCAAAGGCAAAGGGGGAAGAAGAUAUUUCAAAAAAUAAUGGGAAGCAGAACACAAACAUUGAAGACGAAGAACACUCAAGUCCGUAUGAAAUCAGUCUGAAAGACAAAAGCAAUAUAUCUUUGACGAAGCCACUACUGGAGGGAUGUGAAUGUUAUACUUGCAAGAAUUUCACACGAGCUUACAUCCAUCAUUUGACCAUCGCAAAUGAAUUGCUCGCACCCGUCUUACUGAUGAUGCAUAACCUGCAUCACUGGAUGGGUUUCUUCUCAAGUAUCCGAGAAGCAAUAAAGACGGACCACUUAGGAGACCUGCAGGCAUUAAUAACAACCGCGACCUUUGAAUCCAACGAGGUAUAGUUGUUAUUCCAAUGUUAUGAAAUAUGUGAGUUAUGUUAAUACAAGUUAUGAAAUGUUGGGUCUGCCAGUUUUCUUACUUGUUGUUCGUGCAGAAGUUUUAUAAAUCCAGGUUUUAAUGGGGAAGUUAGUUUUUUUUUAUAUCCUUAUAUACACGGAUAUGUACGUAGGGGCCUGCAGGAGGGGGGGGGGAAGGGGCGACGAUCUCGCUGAAUGAUUUUUGUUUAUAUUUGCCGGACAUUCUUUGGGUGUGUAUGUGGUUGUGUAGAAAAACAAGACAGAUGUAUUUUUGCAUGAAAAUGAUAAGAAACUACAUUUCUUGUAUUUGGUUAGAUGGUUUAUUUUAUUUUGUGCGUAAAAUUUGUCCAACUUGACACUUAAUCUAUAAUGGUCCAGGACGCACUGAAACGUUGUUGCUUCUCCAUCUUCUGAGUUGUGGUUUGGUCAUCAUUUCUUCAGCCACGUUAUUGUGACUCGUCAUCUGAAUACAAUAAUAGGCUAUAAAAGUAUGGACAUAGGGGGACAGUGCUAAUUAUGCUUUGCAGUGAUUAUCGGUUACUAUCAGGGAGUGAAAUCGAGCUUUCUAUGCCCCGCCUACUAGUCUUGUUGUAUCUGUUGUGUUAUAAUUUAAUUAUUCAGAUGUUCAAAUUCUUCAUUGAGUUGGGCCCUUAAUAUCUAAAAUUAAUGGAUGAUGCUUAUGAGUAAUGUACUCAUUACACAGGUAAUUAAGGUAGAGUAAUUAUCAAGAGAAAUCACUAAGCCAUUACGAGUUAUAGCACUUGGAAAGCAUAAGGAUUUAGGUUAAGAUGAAGGUAAGGAAUGGUGAUCAACCACUCGGACGGUCAAGAAUUGAAUGCCAACCUGCAAGAAGCGAGACCAUUUCCCUAGCGUCCAGUCCAAGUACAUCUUUAUUUAGAAUACACGUACAGUAAUAUAAAAUGAAUGCAAUGUUGAUUUAAUGCACCAAUUGCUAGAAGAAUAUAGUAUGAACUUUUACAAUGUUUUGCAUUCGUAAGUAAUACCAUGUUUUGUUUUGAUUAAUUUAGCAAGUGAUGCUGUAGUGGUGCAUUUUCCUUGAUUCUCUUAGUAGCAUUUGAUUGUUGUAGAUUAUAUUCUCACUUCUAAUGUUGUUUACUUUGAUGGCAACAUUAGAAAGUAGUGUAUGAAAGUUGUCAUUGUUGAAGAGAAUCGAGGAACGUUCAUCAUUGCCGCAUCACCUGUUAAAUUAAUACUAAAAAAAUAUAUGGGAUUUAUGCAAUCCUGGACGACACUGACCUCUUCCCAUCACUUUUCCUCAUUUUAAGCAGCUGGUACUGUGUUUCUUCAUUAGAUUUGAUGAUAUCAGGCCCUUGUAGGCAUAAUGUUCACUCCAGUAAAGUCUAGUCUCGGGUGUUUGUCUACUUUGUUGUCAGCACUUUGGGAUCUUCUUAAACGUCUCUAUCAUUACAUUGUAAAUGUGUGGCCACGUCUGUGGUAGAAAAUAAUAAUAAAAAAAAUUA